AUGUUAGGAUUUAUCUUAAGGACAUCAACAAACUUCACCCAAGUGAAGACACUUAAAACUCUGUACUUUGCCUAUGUUAAAUCUAACGUAGAGUACGCCUCGCAAGUAUGGAACCCACAAUAUGCCGUUUAUAACAAUCGUAUAGAACUCAUUCAAAAGAAAUUUAUCAGACACCUCCAAUAUAAAGAUAAGACUUUCCUGGCUGACUACUUAACUAGAUGUAACCAUUUCCACAUUCUUCCUCUCUCAGUUAGGCGUGAGAUUGCAGAUAUUACAUAUUUGAUAAAUUUAGCUACAGGUAAAGUUGACUGUCCUGAGCUACUAAGUAAGUUGUGUCUCCGUGUGCAUAAUAGGGCGCUAAAAAAUAUGCACCUAUUGUACACACCGAAAGUUAACACCAAUUACAGAGGGAACAGCUUUAUGGUUAGGGCGGCGAGUAAGUUUAAUAGUCUAACUUGUGAUAUUGACCUAUUCGCCUCAAGCGUGGGGUCGGCAAGGAGAGCUAUGACAUCUGAGCUCCUCAGUGGAAUGAAUGAUGUACCAUAA